GAAAGAAAUAGCCCGUUUAAGGUGUGGAGGUACCGGCCCAGGUAUGGGGCGGGGUCUGUCUGGUCCUGGUGCUGGCAGGGGUCGCUGGCGUUGGUGUGUCUGUCCCUUUGGCCAUGAGGGUCGACCCCGACGCAGGUAUUCAAGAAAGACUCACUUCUGCCAAGAACCUCUUGCGAGAAUUUUCCUCUUAUUGAUGGCCACAACGACCUUCCAUGGAACAUCAGGAAGUUCAUGCACAACAAGCUCCACAGCUUUAACUUCACCGCCGAACUGAAAAACCUCAGACCGUGGUCAAGGUCCUCAUGGUCCCACACCGACCUCCCAAGGCUUAAAGAAGGGAUGGUUGGAGCACAGUUCUGGGUUUCGUACGUUCCUUGCGAGGCGCAGGUCCUGAACGCUGUACAACUUACUAUAGAACAAAUUGACCUUAUUAAGAGGUUAAUUGAACAGUAUCCGGAUGAACUUCAGCUUGCUACUUCUGCAGAGGAAGUCGAAGAGGCCUUUGAGAAAGGUCGCAUCGCGAGCCUCAUAGGAGUGGAAGGAGGUCACGCCAUCCAGAACUCCUUAGGAGUCCUGCGAUCGCUCAGGGAUCUCGGGGUGCGCUAUCUCACACUCACUCACACCUGCAGCACGCCAUGGGCUGAGUGUGCCAGAGCGAGGGAAACGGACGAGGAGGACCCCAAAGCCCCCCGUGGCCUGACGCAAUUCGGGAAAACUGUGGUGAGAGAAAUGAACAGACUUGGCCUCAUGGUGGACCUCAGCCAUGUGUCGCAAGCAACAAUGAAGGAAGCUCUAGAGGUUUCGAGAGCGCCUGUCAUCUUCAGUCACUCGUCUGUGUACGCCAUCUGUAAAAAUCCCAGGAACGUCCCAGAUGAAAUUCUUAGAAAAGUGGCUUUAAAUGGUGGUAUUGUCAUGGUCAGUUUUUAUAACCAUUUUCUUACCUGCAAUGAUGCUGCUACUAUAAAAAAUGUCAUUGAUCACAUAAAUCAUGUUAGGAAUAUAGCUGGUGUUAACCACGUGGGCAUUGGAGCAGAUUUUGACGGCAUCAAUAAGUUACCUGACGGACUCCAAGACGUGUCUCGGUAUCCUUACCUCUUCGCCGAACUUCUCUCUGACCCGCAGUGGUCUAACGACGACCUCCAGAAGCUGGCUGGAGGGAACUUCCUGAGGGUCAUGAGAGACGUGGAGAAGGUUCGAGUCCAAAUGAAGAUGCAGAAGGUGGUGCCCUUGGAGGAAGAAGUGCCCCCCAACCAUCUCAUGGUAGACGACAGGUGUUCGUAUAAAUUCACAAAGGCCUUAGAUGAAUCCUAGUGUGCAAAUGAUAGGCUGAAUGUAGCUGUAAACUAGACAUACCCUCUCGUUCGAUGGUGUUCAUUACUAUAUACCCCCAUGGCCUUUGAAAUGUGGAAUCCUUCGUUCUACACAGAGAUCAAGUGAAUCAGUUGAGACUGAGAAUUCUAUGUUGCAUAUGAUGAAGUUAUGAAGUUUAUGAGAGUUCUAUGUUGCAUCUGAUAAAGUUAUGAAGUUUAUGACUGUUUUAUGUUGCAUAUGAUGAAGUUGAUAAGUUAUGAAGUUUGUGAUGACACUUGAAAGAAACUACAAUAGGGAGAAGAAAGGUGUAUGAAAUUGAGAGGAAUUUCAGAUUAACUGGAAGAAUAGCAGUUUUGUUUGGGUAAAUGCACAAGCGCACAAAUCUCUGUAUAUACUCGAAAACAAAUAGGUACACACAGACACUCUGAACUACAUGCAAACGCGGGAUCAUGCAUACACACACUCAC